GCCGCCCGGCCCGGCCCGCGGGGAGCUGCCCAGGUGCUACCGUUCCAAGAGAUCCUUUGGCAAGCAAAUCUAUGAUAAAGAACAGGAGUAGAAGAGUUCAUAGCUGUUGCUUCUCAAGUGACAAACUCUUUAAUGUCAGAAUGGCUCACAUAAGACUAAUACUACAGCUACUCUUAAAAAGCUUUUACCACAAAAAGCUCUGGAAGCUUAGUGCAGUCAUUUUUUUUAUAGUAGUUUUGAUUUUACUACAAAGAGAAGUAAGCAUCCAAGAUUCCAGAGAAGCAUCAGGGAUCGAAAGGACCAUGAGAAAUAAAAAUAAGAUGUUUGAUCUCAUGCUGGAAGCUGUGAACAAUAUUAAAGAAGCAUUGCCAAAAAUGCAGAUAAAAGCACCGGACAGGCAAAACGACGUUGCCGGCCACAGGCCCUGUUUGCAAGGACACUAUACAGCUGCAGAGCUGAAACCUUUCCUGGAUCGUCCAGCCCAGGACUCCAAUGCUCCCGGAGCCUCCGGAAAAAGCUACAAGACUGUCGAUUUAAGUCCUGACGAGCAAAAGGAAAACCGCGGUGAAGCGAAACAUGUUUUAAUGGCCUUUGCAAGCGACCGAAUUUCUUUGCAUCGUGACCUCGGGCCUGACACCCGUCCUCCCCAAUGUAUUGAACAAAAGUUCAAGCGAUGUCCCCCCUUGCCUACCACGAGCGUUGUAAUUGUUUUCCAUAACGAAGCAUGGUCUACUCUGCUCAGAACUGUCUACAGUGUGCUAUACUCUUCACCAGCCAUCCUGCUAAAGGAAAUCAUUUUAGUCGAUGAUGCCAGUGUAGAUGACUACUUACAUGAUAAACUGGAUGAAUAUGUAAAACAAUUUCAAAUAGUGAAAGUUGUCCGUCAAAAAGAAAGGAAAGGCCUGAUUACCGCCAGGUUGUUAGGUGCUUCGGUGGCAACUGGAGAAACGCUCACGUUUUUAGAUGCCCACUGUGAAUGCUUUUAUGGUUGGCUAGAGCCUCUGUUGGCAAGAAUAGCUGAAAACUACACUGCUGUUGUAAGCCCAGAUAUUGCAUCAAUAGAUCUUAAUACAUUUGAAUUCAGCAAACCAUCUCCUUAUGGAAAUAAUCACAACCGUGGAAACUUUGACUGGAGUUUGUCAUUUGGUUGGGAAUCUCUUCCGGAACAUGAAAAGCAAAGACGAAAAGAUGAAACUUAUCCAAUUCGAACACCCACUUUUGCUGGAGGUCUCUUUUCCAUAUCAAAAGAAUAUUUUGAAUAUAUUGGAACCUAUGAUGAAGAAAUGGAAAUCUGGGGAGGAGAAAAUAUAGAAAUGUCGUUCAGAGUUUGGCAAUGUGGUGGGCAGUUGGAGAUUAUGCCUUGCUCUGUUGUUGGACAUGUUUUUCGCAGCAAAAGCCCUCAUUCCUUUCCAAAAGGCACUCAGGUGAUUGCUCGUAAUCAAGUCCGCCUUGCAGAGGUCUGGAUGGAUGAGUUCAAAGAAAUAUUUUAUAGGAGAAACACAGAGGCAGCAAAAAUUGUGAAACAGAAAGCAUUUGGAGAUCUUUCCAAAAGGCUUGAAUUAAGGGACCGUCUUCAGUGUAAAAAUUUUACUUGGUAUCUAAAUACUAUUUAUCCAGAAGUGUAUGUGCCUGACCUUAAUCCUGUGCUAUCUGGAUAUAUAAAAAGCGUAGGCAGACACGUAUGUCUGGAUGUUGGAGAAAAUAAUCAGGGAACCAAACCACUAAUUAUGUAUACAUGCCAUGGACUUGGAGGAAACCAGUAUUUUGAGUACUCGGAACAGCAUGAAAUCCGACAUAACAUUCAGAAGGAGUUAUGUCUUCACGCAUCGCAUGGCCCCGUUCAACUGAAGGCGUGUACUUACAAAGGUCACAAAACAGUUACUAUUGGAGAACAAAAGUGGGAGCUUCGAAAGGAUCAACUACUGUAUAACCCAGGAUUAAACAUGUGCCUUUCAGGAAAUGGGGAGCAUCCAAGCCUGGUGUCUUGCAACCCAUCGGAUCUCUUCCAACAGUGGAUCUUUGGCCAAAAUAAUUAAGUGUUAUUUGAAAUUCGGGAAUCAGAAAAGGAGAUGAGCUGUCUCUUAAAACUGUGACUUCAAGUACACUGUAGCUCUUGAAAAGGAUCCAAAAGCAGCUAAUUGUAACUUAUUCCAAGUGAUAUUUUUCUUAUUUAUAGAUAUGUAUGAAUGUGCAGACAGCACUGUGACCGACAUUCCUUAAGGUUCUGUUUCAAAGCACAAUGACUAGUCAUACCAAAGAAUUUGAGGUGUCCGGGUUUAGGGGAAGAAAUGUUUACAGUACGCUGAAAGGUAAUUUCCAGAAUAAGGCGGUGUUUGCGUAGCCUUAGGCAGCGAGAUGUAGAUAUGCACACAUAUUCUUACAGAUAUUAUAUUUUCCCCUAGUCUGGGGAGGGGUAGAAUAGAUUUGAUACACUGUAUUUUUUUAAUGAUUUAGAAGAUUUUUUUGAUCAGUGACGGUCAGCUCGUGCUUUAUGUAUGUGGUGGGCAAACCAGGAAGACUUAAGGUCUAGGAUUUCUAUUUUUUAAUACAAAUCCAAGUGGUUCUCUCUGUUGUAUUCCGCCAAGUUUUUCUUCAACCUCAAAGGGAGGAGGAAACCAUUUAAGGAACAUUCUUAUUUCAGAAUACUGUAAAACUUUAGAAUUAAAUGGCAUUUUUCAGCUCAAAUUCCAUUCUAUUUCAAGCACUUAGGUCUUCCUUAAUUUACUUGGUAUUCACUUAGUGUUUUCCUUCAGCAACAUUUUGUAAAUUUUCAAAAACAUUUUCCAGACAGGUGGUUUCCAAUGGUAAGGGCAUCUUUUUUUUUUUUUUUAACUAAAAUUCAUGAACCUUGUUAAAAGUUAAAGGAGGUUAAAGUCAAAUACAAAACAUGGAGCUAAAUUUCAUCCGUCACUGGUUCUUAAAUUAUGAAUGUUCUGAAACUUGUUUGCCCAUUGCUGCCCCAAAACUUUAUCUUUCUCUACCUGAUGGGAGAACUUGGAAAAUAAAGAACUCUUAUUUGCAAGAUUA